AUUCUAAGGCGUAAAAAAAUAUCGUCAACGUCAACAAUUCUGUCACUUUUGCUUUAGCCGUGCGUGUGUGUCCAUCAGGAAGUUUUGCUCUGACGAAAAAUCUUACGAAAAUUGUGUAAAAAAUUGUCUUUAGUGCUCCAUUUUUCUGUACAAAAAUGCCAUUUUCCAGCCUUCAAGCUAUCGUUCUUGCUGCAGGCACUGGGACACGAUACCCAGAGCUUACAAGCGGCAUUCCCAAGUGCCUCAUGCCUGUGGGGCCAUUCCCGAUGAUUUGGUACCCCCUCAAUACGCUGCAAAAAUGCGGAUUUCCAGUUGCCACUGUGGUUGUGUUGGAGUCACAGAGAUUAGAGAUUCAGCAGGCCCUGGAGAAGACUCCGCUGACACUGAAAGUGGAGUUUGCCACUAUUCCUGCGGAUUCUGACUAUGGCACCGCCGAGUCUCUGGUGCACAUCCAGCACAGGAUCGAUCGUGACAUCGUGGUUAUCUCUUGUGAUUCCAUCACGAAUUUCAAUCUGGAACCCCUCGUGGCUAUGUUCGAUCAGAACGAUGCAGCAAUGGCAACACUUUUCUACGAUGCUGAAGAUCUCACGCCCGGCGUUGUUCCUGGGCCAAAGUCAAGCAAACAGGACAAUGAGCGGGAAAUGGUGGGCAUUCACCUGGCCACAAAUAGAUUAGUCUUUACGGCGUAUUUUAGUGAUUUUGAAGAAAAAUUUGAUGUUCCUGGGAAGCUACUUCGGAAAUUUGGUCGAUUUGCGAUGUUCACGCGUCACCCUGAUUCCCAUAUUUAUGUGAUGAAACGCUGGAUUAUUGACUUCCUGGCAAAUAGUCGAAAUUUUGGAACGAUCAAGAAUGAACUUCUGCCAUUCCUUGUGAAGAAGCAAUUGUCCAAGCCCAAAGCCCCCGCAGAGACUGAAGGAGCAACCUCAGAGUACAACGUGAAUGUCCGUGUGGAUGAUGUCUUUCAUUAUGCAUGCGAUGCAGAUGUCAUGAGGAGGAUUAAGGAGAAGACAAACAAAUAUACCCCCGGAAGUGGUGAUAUCAUCAAGGUUGUUGCUCAAAUUGUACCCAAAGAAUUCCUAGGCCUUCGUGUGAACACCAUGACAAACUAUUGCAUUGCAAAUCGAAAAAUUCUCGCUGAAUGGGAAAGUAUUAUGGGUUCCAAUGCCCCGCCUCUGAUCUCCACAACAUCCCACAAUAAAUGCACCCAAAUGAAUCUCUGCGCUGUGGCUGACAACACAACAAUUGAGGAGAAAACAUCCCUAAAAUCCACCUCCAUUGCUGCCAACUGCAUCAUUGGUACGAAGACGCGCAUUAGUGACUCCAUUCUUAUGAAAGGGGUGACAAUUGAGGAGGGUGUUGUGCUUGAAAAUUGCAUCAUUUGCGAAAGUGCCAUCGUACGUCAAGGAUCCGAGCUGAAGAACUGCAUUGUGGGACGCUUCUACGUUGUGCAGGAUCAGACAAAAGCUGAGAAACUCCUUCUGGCGCACUCAGAAGCCUGUAUUGAAAUCUAAAAAAAAAAACAAAAUGGCGCCAUGAGACGAAAACGACAAAACAAAAGGGCUAAAUGGACUGAUUGAGAAUAUUUGUGUUCUAUCACUUGCUCUUUGUUUUUUAAAGAUCUUUUUUCAAUAAAAAAUUCUAUUUUACCACAA